AUGGCGUUCAAACCAGGUUCAGUAAAGGGAUUUUUAUUAGACAUCACUGGAGUUUUGUACAACAGCUCUCCAGAAGGCGGUGAAGCUAUAAAAGGCUCAAUUGAAGCUAUAACAAGGUGCGUUUCAUAAUUUUUUGGUUUUUGUUGGUUUAAAAAGAUUGUCUAGAUUGUCUUCUAUGUUUUUAAAACAGUUGCUUUGCUUUUGAAGCUUGAUUUAGCUUCAGCAACGCGGCUAUGACAAGUGUAAUAUAAAUUUUGAUGUUUUUUUUUGGAAAAGGGCAAACAUAUUGAUGUAAACGGACUUCACUAGAUUUCUCUUAGUUAUUGUAAGAUUCUCUAUAGUUUUUUAUUAUUUUCACAUUACAGAAAAAGAAAAAGCACUUUAAUUAUGUGCUACAUUAGUUUGAAGUUGUCUAACCCCUAUCAAAAGCUUUUAACUAUAAUAAUAUAACCGGCGCAAAAAUUAAUUGCUAAUAAAAACCUACUUUUAGAUUAUACUCAGAAAGUAAUUUGCGAUUUGUGAGCAAUGAGAGCACCUCCACGCCGGCCAAACUGUAUGCCAAACUCACUCGGCUUGGCUUCACAUUGAAACAGGAGCACUUGUUUACACCGGCGCCUGUAGCCGCAAGCUACAUCAAAAAGCAUGGACUCCGACCACAUUUGUUAAUUCACAAAGGUAUGUGUUUUUUUGUUGUUUUUGAGUUUAGGAAUGUGGAGAAUAGAAGAGUAUUCACAUAGGUGGAGGUAAAGUGGUUAUGGAUAAUAUCGAACUUUAGGGAAUUGAGCAGAGGAUUUGGGUUCAUCUUUUGUUGUGUUACUUUUAAAAGGCCUAGAACGAUUUUGGAUAUAAUUCAACUUUUGAACAUCAUUUUUUUGACUCACAUGAAUAUUUCAGGUGUGCUAGACGACUUUGCCGGCUGCGACACAACAAACCCAAACUGUGUUGUAGUAGGCGACGCAGAGGACGAUUUCAAUUAUGAAAACAUGAACAAGGCCUUCCGUGUCCUCAUGGAAGCAGAGAAACCCUUGUUGAUCUCACUUGGAUGCGGUCGAUUCUACCAACGAGUAACCGGCCCAUGUAUGGAUCUCGGCGGAUUCGCCAUAGCUUUAAAAUACGCUACUGGAUGUGAACACAUUGUUCUUGGCAAGCCAGAUGAAGCCUACUUCAUGGCAGCCAUCAAUGACAUGGGAUUGACCAAAGAUGAAGUGGUGAUGGUCGGUGAUGACAUUGUUAGUGAUAUUGGAGGAGCUCAAAGUCAUGGAAUUCGAGGAAUUCAAGUUAAGACUGGGAAAUGGCGGCCAGAAUGGGAAAAACAUUAUGUCAACCCGGACUUCAUCGCUGACAACCUUGCUCAUGCUGUAGAGACCGUAUUGGGAAAGAAGAAUUAG